AUGUUUUUUAGCUUUUAUUUACUUCUUUUCUUCGUUCUUUUCUAUUUUUCUCUUAUUCCUUAUCCGUCCUUUUCAUUCAACUUCAGUUUUCUUUCUCUUAUAUGUUUCUUUCUUUCAUUAUUUAUUUCAUCAUUUCUUUCGUUUUUUCCUUUUCUCUCUCGCUUUUUUCUUUUUUCCUUGUUUCUUCGCGUUUUUUCAUUGAUCUUCAGUUUUCCUUCAACUAUUUAUUUCUUUCUCUCUUCCUUUCUUUUUUUAUUCAAUUUUCUUUCUUGCUUCUGUCGUUUUCUUUUUCUAAUUUCUUCACCGUCUUCUCCAUUCAAUUUUAAUUCGACAUUUUCUUUUAAUUUGUAUUCCAAUUUUUUUUACAUUUUUCUUUCUUUACGCAUUCAAAUUCAACUCACUCCUUUCCUUAAUUCUUUAAUUUUUUUCUUUCUUUCUUUCUUUCUUUCUUUCUUUCUUUCAUUCUUUCUUUCUUUCUUUCUUUCUUUCUUUUAA